UGCGGCGGGGCGCGUGCGCGGCGGGGCGGAGCGGGUGCGGUGGGCGGCCCUGCGGCGAUCCGGGAUGUCGGGCUGGCUCCUGGUGACGUAGCGCGCCGCUCGCGCCGCGGGAAGGGCCGCGCGAGACCCCCGGCCGCCGCCGCCGCCGCCCCCCGCCCGGCCCGGCCUUCCCUUCCCCCCCCCCCUCACCCCCGGUGCGAUCCCCCCGCCAUGGGCAGCGCCGCGGCGGCAGGAGCGGGCAGGGCGCCGCGCCGCGCCGGGGCCGCCGCUGGGCAUGUGCCAGGCCCGGCCGCCGCGUGAGCACCGCCGCCGGCACCGGCAGCAUUGUCCGCGCCCGCCCCGGGCGAAGCCCAGGGCGGCGGGUGCCAUGAAUAGCAGCUGCGCGUCCCCUGCCGCCCGCCGCCGCCUGCAGCGCCGGGAUCGAUAGAGGCGGGGGCUGCGGACGCACUAUGGCCGGCAGCGGCUACACGGACCUGCGGGAGAAGCUCAAGUCCAUGAUGCCCUACCGGGACGGCCACAAAGGCGGCGGCGGCAGCCUCCCGCGGGAGCCCCCCGACCCCCCCUACGAUCGCAAGCGCCGGCACCAGGAGGACUCCGGCUCCGAGCCCAGCGACUACGAGGAGCAGAAGGAGGAGGAAGAAGCUCGGAAAGUCAAAAGCGGCAUCCGCCAGCUUCGUCUCUUCAGCGCCGAGGAGUGCGCCAAGAUCGAAGCUCGGAUCGAGGACGUGGUGUCCCGGGCGGAGAAGGGGCUCUACAAGGAGCACACGGUGGACCGGGCGCCGCUGCGGAACAAGUAUUUUUUUGGGGAGGGCUACACCUACGGGUCUCAGCUGCAGAGACGAGGCCCCGGCCAAGAGCGCCUGUACCCGCGGGGGGAGGUGGACGCCAUCCCCGAGUGGGUGCACGACCUGGUGAUCAGGAAGCUGGUGGAGCACCGGGUGAUUCCAGAGGGCUUUGUGAACAGUGCCGUCAUCAACGACUACCAGCCGGGGGGCUGCAUUGUCUCCCACGUGGACCCCAUCCAUAUUUUUGAGAGGCCCAUCGUCUCCGUCUCCUUCUUCAGCGACUCAGCGCUCUGCUUCGGGUGUAAAUUCCAGUUCAAACCCAUCAGGGUCUCGGAGCCCGUUCUCUUCCUGCCUGUGAAGAGGGGAAGCGUCACGGUGCUCAGUGGAUAUGCAGCUGAUGAAAUUACACACUGUAUUCGACCACAGGACAUCAAGGAGAGAAGAGCUGUCAUCAUCCUUCGAAAAACAAGACUAGAUGCACCUCGAUUGGAAACAAAAUCCCUGAGUAGCUCUGUGUUACCACCAGGUUAUAACUCUGACCGUCUAUCGGGAAGCAACCGGGACCAGAUCCUGAAACCAAAGCGGUCCCAUCGCAAAGCAGAUCCGGAUGCUGCUCACAGGCCACGGAUUCUAGAAAUGGAUAAAGAGGAGAACAGGCGUUCAGUCCUCUUACCAAAACAUAGGAGACGGAGCAACUUCAGCUCCGAGAACUAUUGGCGAAGGUCUUACGAGUACACGGAGGACUGUGAUGAGGAAGAGGAGGAUGGCAGCCCAGCCAGGAAAGUUAAAAUGAGGCGACACUGAGGAUUGCACUUUCCAGGCUUGUGGAGCUGAUGAGAUUGGCCUCCAGUCUGUGAAAACUUUCUCCUCCCUCUGGCUAUCUUCCAUCUAGCUUCAGUUUUGGUUUUUCCUUUCAGGCUGAAGAGUAAACAGGAAGGAUCUAGCAAUUUGUUUUUAUGAAUGGAGGAAUGCUGAGACAUACAUAAGGAUGGAACAUGUCCAGUGCACAUGGUGUCCUGAGUCAUGGGUCAAACGGGCAUCUCUCCCUUAGGAAGCAGAUAAAGUUAUGCCAGGCUGUCUGUUGGGAUUUCUUUUGAAAACACCAAAAAGUUUAACUGUUUCAUUGCGCAAGAUUCAAGAAUUGUAUUUUUGUUUUUUGCUUUAACUUUCUUCCUUUCCAAAUGUUCUAAAUAUGAUGUUUGACCCCAGGAGCUGAAACUCUCUGUGGUGGCCUUGUAUUCCUUGCUUCACCAAAGGGCUCCUUGGUCUGCUCUUACCUAGUUGUUGUUGGGUUGUGUUUUAAGGGUGCCCUGCAGUAACUGGAAGUUUGAAGCUUUGCAGACCCCUCUUGCGUCUGAUUUCAAAGGGUUUAGGACAUUUUUGUUGCACUUUAGUAGCAGUUUUAAAUGCCAUAGGUUUCCUUUCCAGUCCCUUUUCCCAAGCCAGCAUGGGCUCACAGCUUUGUGUCCCUGUGCUGCUCUCUCCAAGAAGAAUGUACUUGAGCUCUGGUUUCUCAGUGCUGGUCUGACCGGGGAUAUAUUUUGGUUGAGGAGGGAGGAAACAUGGCUGGUUUCAACUGAGGCUGGCCCAGCAUUGACCCGAGGUCCAUAUUGGAGCCCCGGGGCUGCUGAGUAACCGACCGCAUUGAGUACAUGCUGCUUCCCAGAGCUGGAGAUAGCAAAGAAGAGUAGGAGAGAUGCUGUGCUUGGGAGGAUGCUUGGCUUGAGAAGAGCUGUCCUCCACUGCCAGGGAGGGGGGCUGGCUUUUAGCCCCCUGCCUCUUUUAGCUGGAGAGAGUUGAGAUGGCGUGGCAUCCCAUCCCAAGGGACUGGCUGUGCCAGAGCAGGAACGGGCACUGCCGUGGCCUCGGAGGAGCUGGGCAGCUUGGCUGCGGUCUGUCCCCUCCAAGGCUGGCUCUGGGAGCGGGGAUGCUGCAAGGGUCUGGUUUGGCCACAGUUCAGUGCAUUCAGCAGCUAGUGCUGCAGCGAUUGCCCGCCUCCUCCGGGCUUAUUCCUGCCUGUAUUCCUGGGGUAAGGAGUUUUCUGGUUGCUACAGAAAAUGCUGAGAAGAACUGGGCAUUUGGCCCUGCGGAGUUAAUGUUAGAAAGUCUGCUGCCUUCCUCCUCUUUUCCCACCCAGUUUGCAUUAGCUCAGACCGAAGCCUCAGUGUUUUCAAAGUUUGGGGCCCAACACCAUAUUUAGAACUGUACUUUUAAGAAACUUCCUCCAAUUGAUUCUUUGAACCCAAGUGUUGGCAGUUGUAAGGAGUAGUCUUAUUUUUAAAUUUUUACUGCUUUGCCCUUCCUCAAAUUGUAGUUUUUCUUAGUGUUGUGUCCCCCACACACUUCAUGGUCUGCACGCUUGGCAAUAAAAAGAUGUAAUAUAUUUUGAAACCCGUUUGCUGCUGUCUUGAGGGGCUCCCAGUCAAAAAACCCCCAAAACCUAGGCAUUGUUCCCCAGAGCGCUGUUCCAUGGUGAUUGAGCACGUUUGCUGACAUCUCGGUCUCGGUGUCCUUUUCCCUCUCGCUGACUUCCGCAGCUCCUGCCACUCGCCCGUUGUUGGGGUUACUGCUCAGGCUGGAUCUAGUGGUUACAUUAGUGCAAAGGAAAUUACUGCCACCUUCAACGCCACUAGUCUGCGGGGGGUUGUAGGUGAGGCCCCCAGUGCCUGUCCUUGGUUCUAUUUAUCCAAUUGUUUUCCUGGCAAGAGCCCCCAUCGGCUUGGUGCGGAGGUACGGGCACAGCCUUCGAAAGAACCUGUCUUGUCUGCCCAGAGAUCUGAAAGUUCAUGCUUCUGCUGCUUCUGAAACCUUUAAAAAGCCAUUUUCAGACCACACUUUGCGUUUGAAGUUGUGUUCCUCACCCUCCCAGCUUUCUGCAGAGAAUCCAGGCUAGCUCUUGGCUACAAACGCCUAGUUUUGGAAAGCUUGGCAUUCCCCUGAUAGCAAAACCACACACAGGGAGCAGCGAUCCCUUCUUCUCCUUAUGGCUGGUGCAAACAUUUCCAGCAAGCUAGAGACCUGCUGGCAGGAUACCUGGCGAUGACUGUUUCUAACUGUCUUUCUGGAUUCAUCCUGGAUGUGCCCCAUGCCCUCCCCAGUGCCAGGCUCUGCUGUGGGUACUGCUGACGGUGGCAGUAGUUUCUGCCGGAGGUCUCUGCUCUGCACAGCCUGCUCUCCCCCUCCAGCUCCCAAUUUUACUCCUACCUCUGCAAUACGGAUACUGUACCCUGGUGUCUCGACUCAGAAUGAAGCUGGAAGCAACUUGCCUUAGCGGGGCCACUUCCCAGAGCAGGACUCCCAUGGGAUGAGGCAUUGGCUCUAUCUCUGCUGAAGGCUGAACAAGGCAUGCUGAGCUCUUGCCUCUAGCCUGGUACCAACCAUCCCCUCAUCCUGGUCCUUGUGCAGUCUGUACAUGUGCACGUAUCCUUCCUCUCCCGGUUUGUUUUGGUAUUCCUGCAUGCCACAGUCAGGACCUUUCCCCUCCUUCCUUUCUUCCCCCCUGCCCCACAUCCGUGCAGUGGGUCUGAGCUGGCAGCCGUGGCUGGAGGAGCUCCUUGCCGGAGCCGCUCUCCAGCUGCCGUCUGUUCUUGUGUGCAUUUGGUUUUCAACCUGACUGGUUGGGGCUUGACACCUUAGAGAGAGUGGGACGCAACCGGUCUGACCCGUAGCAUCUCUUGAGCGAGGAGUCCCCAGCGUGUAGGCAGGCCAUCUUCCCCACUUGUACAGACAUUUUUCUAUACACACGGAUGUAUAUGUGUAGAUAACAUGGUUUUUUAACUCUUUUGCACUGAACAACAUCGAAGUGAAACCUUGGUUUGAAACCGGAAGACACAUUUUCACAUGGAUCCAGAUGUCUAGAUCCCUUACCGUAACCUGUCUGGUAAAACUGUGGCUCAGAAAUGCUGGUGAUGCCCGUACCCGUUCUCUGUUGCUGACUGUCGGGCUGCCUGCAGGCUUCAGGUCAGGCUGGGGACAUGGAUCUGCUGUGGAGGAUGGAGGGUGGGGAACCCCAUUCUGGAGGCAAAACUUCUCCCCAUCUGCUCCGUGGGACAGGCUCGUGCACAGACCUGACCCGGUCAGAUUUGUCCUAUCUGUCUUGUCUGGCCGCAUGGUCCACCCUCCUCUCCAUCCACCAGCAGCGUGUCGUUCAUGUAACCUGCUCAGCCCCAAACUGGGAAUAAGGCUGCGUCCAGUGUGAUGACCCCGCGCACCCAGACCCGCAGCCCAGACCCUUUCCUAAGGAAGGGAGGGGAAGGUGGCGUUUGUCCCCGCUUUUCUGCAGAGAGCAGGAGGAAUUGCAUUUUGUUACCGCAUCUUGAGAAGACUUGGUGAUCCAACUAAAGCUCUUGCAUCACUCCCGUGGGCUGUAGGAAGAGAAGGGAGGGCUGUUUGCUGGCGGUGAGGGGUGAGCUGGCCUAGGGAGGGGCUGACGGGUCCCUGCCCGGCUGGGCUCGGCAGGCAGGCUGCCUGCAGCAGGGGAGCCCGGCUUGCCACAUCUGGCUCUGCACCUGCUGAACUCUCAUCCAGCUGUUAGUCAGGCAAGAGCUGUGACGCCCGGGAGCUGCGAUCCCGGGGCUUGGCUCACCCCAGAGAUGGCGGGGAGGGGUCGCUGGGAUGUGGGGCUGCCAACCCACUAUCCGGGGUGAGCCGGCAGUGGCACGAGCCAAUUUCUGCCGGGGUGAGAGCUUGGGCCUUCGGCUUUCGGUGCCGUUAGCACCUGGCGUUUGUCUCUACGUGUCCAAUCCCCACGGGCCGAAAGGGCUGCAAUGCUUUGAGGAUGGCGCAGGGGAACUGGGGUCCAGACCCGCAACAGCGGCAAAUAGUCUUUUAUCUGCCAAAAGCGUUCCCUUUCCCGGGCGGGAGGAGAAACGUUCGGCCAAGAAGCGUGCCUCUGCUCCUUCCCAUGCCCGUGCCCACACUUACAAGUUCUGGCUGACUUUAAUUUUGUUUUUUUUUUAAAGAUUCUAAUUUUUUGUUUUGUUACAAAUAAAAAUAAAAAAAUAAAAAAGAAAGUGGCAAUAUUUUUUUCCGUAAGCUUUUCCUAGGAAAAAGCGUGGUUUGUAACAAAGUUGUACAGUUCUGAAGUUUGAGAUACAAGAAGUACUGUGUGAAACGCUGUAAAUGGGGCAGAGAUUAUUUUAUGUACAGUCUGACGUGGGGGGAAUCUUUUAAUCCUGGUUGAUUCUUAGGAAGAAUUUGGUUCUUCGCUGUCAGGGUUUGGAAUUUCAUGGUUUCUUUUAUUUUUAUUUUUUUUCCUUGUAUAGAUUGCUGCAUUAAUUGAAUAAAAGCAGAAAGCAU